CGCUGGUGGAUGCAUUGGGACCCUCAUUUGCUAAACAUAGUGUCCAUGCAGUAUCUGGGGACGGUGCGUUGCGCUGUGGGCAGGAGUGAUCCAUCCGGAUCGACGGCGGCAGGGUGGCAUUCAACAAGUCACGGCGGGGGCAGAACCACUUCUCUGAAGAUCGAGCUCGUCUUAGCCACCAGAGAGCGCAGGCGCCCGGCUCGACGGCCAUUACAGCCGCGCGGAGCGCAUCCUCGCGGCGGCGGAGCCCCUAUCCACGCACCUGCUCAACCAGGUGCUCCGCGCUGCGGAGGAGAUCGCCGCCGAGCGAGGCGGCGGGGCAGGCCCCAGCAGCCUCCAGGGGGGCUACGUGCUCAACCCGCUGUCGGAGGGCUUCUCCGCCGACUGCGUCAUCGCGGCGCUGCGCCGCGGCGGCUGCGGGCCUGGAGGAGCGUCCUCGCCGUCCUCGCUGACCAGGUGUUGCACCUUUGGCAACUGCCUGACUGCGGAGGAGCUCGUCUUCAACGAGCAGGGGACCUCCGACGCCAGGGUUUCCAUGUCCCAGCCCACCGCCCGCGCCACCACCUGCGACGUCCCCGUCGAGAGAGGCGGUGGCCGACUCCGCGCAGUGCCCGUCCACGAAGAUCUGGAUCCUGUUGCCCAGCUCUUUCCAGAGGGUCGCCUCGUGGAGGCGGAGGUGGAGCGCCCACUUGGAACCCUUCUCGCCGUGCUCGAUCGAUGCCACGAUGAGCACGGCGAGCUCGACCUGACUUGGGCCGGCUGCGCCCAUUCCAAAUGCGCCGCGAUGUGGAUGAGGAUGGCGAUGCUGCAG